AGCGCUCCAGAGAGUUUUGCUUCCGAGGUUACCGCGAGUGGCGCGUGCAAACGACCCACGUUGUGGGCCGUAGGAGAGAGAUGAGGGGCCAGGGGCCGGAACCGUGGACCUCCUAGAAACAGCAGAGGAAAGACACGGGAGAGAGGAGCGGGACGCGUUCUUGGGGUUCAGAAUGGCGGGAGUCGUAGAGUAGCGCCCUAGCCGUGUGGAAGGUCCCAGUGAAGGGGAAGGAGUGCGAAGAGGGUCUCCAUCUGGGUCCUAAAACAGAGGGACCACAAAAAGGAUGCAGAAGGCUGUGACUGUAGAGAUGAGUACUACGAGAAGAGUGCGUGGAGGGGUGGUAGAGGUGAAGAAAUGAUACGGAUAGGUAGCGACGAGGACUGCAGAGGGUCACAGAGGUGAGAGAAACCAUAAAGGACUGACGAUAGAGGUAAGGGAGCCUUUAUAGAGGGAUAUAUAGAUGUGAAAGGGUCAUGUAGAUGGGCAGAGAUGUGAAGUGGCAAUGUAAAAACGCAGAGGAAGAUUCAGGGGGAUGUUAUGACAAGUUUUAGGGGAGAUAAGCAAGCUAAAAGUGAACUCUGUGGAGUGUUCCCUAGUGUUUGACCUAAUGAAGGCACCCAAACCAGGCAUUUAAGGCUUUUCAAGUAGUGACUUGCUACUCCACUAGAAAUGUGGGUCCUCCUCCGGGGUGCAUACCCACUCCGGAUCUUGCUGCCCCUGCGUGGGGUGUGGAUGGGUCGGAGGGGCCUGCCCCGAAGCUUGGUCCCAGGCUCUUCUCGUCGCAGGUACAGGAAGGAGGCUCUUCCAGCCUUGGAGAUACCAGUGUUGCCUCUAACUACAACUGAAAUUCGGCAGUAUUUACGGGCACAUGGAAUCCCCUUUCAGGAUGGCUACAGCUGCCUUCGAGCACCUAGCCCUUUUGUGGGGUCCUCAGAGCCCAAGGAUCAGACUAGUGCUGCCACUUCCUUCAGUCUCUUCAUUGACAAGACCACAGGCCGCUUUCUCUGCAUGACUAGCCUAGCAGAGGGGAGCUGGGAAGACUUCCAAGCAAGUGUGGAGGGACGAGGGGAUGGGGCCAGAGAGGGGGCCCUGCUUACUGAGGCUCCAGAAGCUAAGGACAUUGAGGAGAUCCGGAGGAUCUGGGACCGAGCAAUACCACUCUGGGAGCUGCCUGACCCAGAGGAAGCCCAGUUGGCUCGUAUGAUAUUUGGCCUUACCAAAGUGACAGAUGAAACACUCAGGCGUUUCAGUGUUCGAUACCUACGACCUGCUCGCAGUCUGGUCUUUCCCUGGUUUUCCCCUCGGGAUUUAGGAUUACGAGGUCUGAAGCUAUUAGGGGCUGAAGGCCAGGGAGAUGGAGUACACUACGUGGAGACCACUAUUCCCCGGCCUGGUGCCUACCACAACCUGUUUGGAUUACCACUGAUCAGCCGUCGAGAUGUUGAGGUGGUUCUGACCAGUCGUGAGCUGGACAGCCUGGCCUUGAACCAGUCUACAGGGCUGCCCACCCUUGCCCUACCCCGAGGAACCAUCUGCUUACCCCCUGCCUUACUCCCUUACCUCGAACAGUUCCGAAGGAUUGUGUUCUGGCUAGGGGAUGAUCUUCGGUCCUGGGAAGCUGCCAAGUUGUUUGCCCGAAAACUGAACCCCAAGCGAUGCUCUUUGGUGCGUCCUGGAGACCAACAGCCCCGUCCCCUUGAGGCCAUGAACCAAGGCUUAAAUCUUUCUCGUAUUCUUCGUACUGCCCUGCCUGCCUGGCACAAAUCUAUUGUGUCCUUCCAGCAGCUUCGGGAAGAGGUGCUAGGAGAAAUAUCAAAUGUGGAGCAAGCAGCUGGUGUCCCCUGGAGCCGCUUUCCAGACCUCAAUCGUCUCUUGAAGGGGCACCGGAAAGGCGAGCUGACAGUCUUCACAGGGCCAACAGGCAGUGGAAAGACAACAUUCAUCAGUGAGUAUGCCCUGGAUUUGUGUACCCAGGGGGUGAACACACUAUGGGGUAGCUUUGAGAUCAGCAACGUGAGACUAGCCCGGGUCAUGCUGACGCAGUUUGCCAUGGGGCGUCUAGAAGAACAAUUGGAUAAAUAUGAAGAGUGGGCCGACCGCUUUGAGGACCUGCCUCUCUAUUUCAUGACUUUCCAUGGACAGCAGAGCAUCAGGUCUGUAAUAGACACAAUGCAACAUGCAGUCUAUGUCUAUGAUGUUUGUCAUGUGGUCAUCGACAACUUGCAGUUCAUGAUGGGUCACGAGCAGCUGUCUACAGACAGGAUUGCAGCUCAAGACUACAUCGUUGGGGCCUUUCGGAAGUUUGCAACAGACAACAGCUGCCAUGUGACACUGGUCAUUCACCCCCGGAAGGAGGAUGAUGACAAGGAAUUGCAGACCGCAUCCAUUUUUGGCUCAGCCAAAGCAAGCCAAGAAGCAGACAACGUUCUGAUCCUGCAGGACAGGAAACUGGUAACUGGGCCAGGAAAACGAUAUCUGCAGGUUUCCAAGAACCGCUUUGAUGGAGAUGUGGGUGUCUUCCCACUUGAGUUCAACAAGAACUCUCUCACCUUCUCCAUCCCUCCAAAGAGCAAAGCCCGGCUCAAGAAGAUCAAGGAUGACAAUGGACUAGUGGCCAAAAAGCCCUCUUCUGGCAAAAAAGGGGCUGUGCCCCAAAACUCUGAGACUUAACUCAGGCCAGGGCCCCAAUCCCUACCAGUCAGAAACCUCUAAGCCUUCAAGUGAAGGCAACCCAGAGCAGUCACUGAAAUGAGCUGACGGGACAGGCUGGGCCAUAGACACUUUCUUGGCCUUCUGCUAGGACUUCUCUGUCCUAUAGUCCUGAGCUAUAGGCCCUUUUCAGGCUAGGGCAGGGUUUCAUAGUGAGGAAAUUCAAUUUAGCUACUGUUUCCAAGAACUAUCGUGUGCUGGGCUUUCCUCAAGGUCCUGAAUAUACAGCACUGAAAAGAAAAAUAAGGUCUCUGUUUCCACAGAACCAGUGUUUUAGUUGAAGAAACAAGACAAGCAAUGAACAAGUAAACAGAAAAAGUUUUAAUUAGUAAAAAUACUAUAAAGAAAAUAGUAAUGUGAUGGGGUGCUCAUGGGCUAGCAUAGAUGAAAUGGCCUAGAAAUGUUGGCAGCAUGCAUGUAGUUAGGGCCUCAAGAAUUAGAAGGAUUGGAUCAUAUGAGUAUCUAGGGAGAGGGAUCCAGGCAGAGAAAAGCACAGAGUCCUGAGAUGGGAAUAAGCAAGUCAAAUUCAAGAUAGUGAGGUCAGGCCCCCCGAACCUAGAAUGGGAUAGGAAACUCCUUCCUGAAACUGCAUCCUUUUAGGCUUUUGGAGCCAGAAGGUGACAUGAUGGGUAGCAAGUCCCCAUGCUCCCUGCUUUGUUGAGUCAGGCAUGAGGUGGCACCUUCUAAAAUUAAAAUUGAUCCUAGGUGCUUAGCUCUGUAAUAUCAGGGCCUCAAAUUGAGAAUGGAGCUUCCUCCUGCUUGAUUACUUGGCCAUGCAGCCAUAAUAGGAAGCUAUGAGCCUAGAAUGCCUGGGCACUAUUUCCAUUAUAAGUAACUUCAGAUGAACAGCUGGAGUUAGAACUUUUUAUAGAGACUUUUUCUUGUUUUACUGAAAAAAAAAAUAAUAAUUCUUUCCAUUA